UUACUUUAAACCCUACAAACAACUCGAGACACCUUAUUUAAAUACAUAAUAUAUUUCGUUAAAUUAUUUAAGUCAAACUUGUGACAACUAUUAUCAAUUUUAUUUUAUUUAACUAUAAAUUAAUAUGGAUUUUAUCAAUUCGAUUUAUGGAAAGGUGAUUUUAUAUUUCAAGCUGAUUAAUUUAUUUCUUAAAAUGCUUUCUAUAACAAAUAUUAUAACAAUAAUAAAUCAUAAAUUGUUAUAUUAUUGUUGCAGGCUGUUUCGGAGAAUGAGAGAAGUUUAUAUUUCUGGGAAGAAUAUCUAAAAAACCUACAGACUCUUGACUUCUCACUAUUUUCGGAACAGUUAACUGUUCCCGUUAUGGUACCUGUUGGAAGCAAAAUAUUGUUUCGUGGUCACUUGAAACAUACCAAUGAAGUAACUGUAGCUAUGGGAGCAGGUUAUUUUGUGAAAUGUUCAAUAAAGCAAGCAGAAAUUCUUAGGCAUCACAGAAUCAAAGGUUUAAAUAUUUUCCAUUAUAGUAACAUUUCAUAGUUUGUUAAAAGUAUCUAAAUGAUAAGAAACUGCUAAACAUGUAAACUACAUGCUGAUUUUAUUCUACCUUCUCUGUUUUUUAUGGCAUAUUUGUUUGCUUAAUUUAUUCAGUUUUUCUUUACUAGCCGCUUUUCUUUAUCUUAUGUCACCCACUUUUGAUGUAGUUCCUGUAGGUGAAAGAAUUUUAAAAACGGUCUAGUGGCUUCGGGACUUAUUCAAUGCAAACGAACAAACAAAUUUUUCCUCUUGAUAAUAUUGGUACAGAUGUUCAGUUAGCUGAUAUGUUUUAACUACUAUGGUUUUAUUUUUUUAGAUGCACAGUCAAAACUAGAUUCAUACUAUAAAGAAAAAGAAUAUCUAGAAAGUCAAAUAUCUUUUACUAAACAAAAUAUGUAUAACUCUGUUGGUCAAGAAAUUAUUGAGGAAUAUACUGAAGAAGAAGAUAAAAUAUGGAGAGAGAAACACAGAGAAAAUAUGAAACAUUAUAAAGAGCAAUCAAAAGAUAACAAUAAAUUUCAAGACAAUAUCACAGAUGAAGAACUGUGGAACAAACUAGAGGAAUUAGAAUUAAAAGAAGAAUUAGAAGGUGAAUUAGAGAAAAAUAAUAGCACUGAUAUAAAUAUGGAUAAUAGUCCAAAGUCUGUAAUUAAUAAUAAUUUACUGCCCUAUACAUGGAAUGCAAAACAAGAAAAUAAUAACUUUGAUAAUUCAUCUGAAGACUUUAAACUAGGUGUCAAUAAUGAAUCAAGUGAUAAAAGUUUAAAUAAAGAGAUGUCUGCCACCUUGACUAAAUUAGACUUACUACAACAAGUUCUUGAAAGACAGAAUAAAUUAGGAGAAAGGUUAGAACAAAUUAAAGACAGAGAAAAAAGUAUUAAAAUAACUGAACACAACUUGAUUUCGAAACUUGAUGAAAUGGAACAAAUUGAAGAACUUGAAGAUGAAAUGGAUAGGUUAGAUGAUAUUAUUCAGAAUGAAGGUGGAGAAUAUGUUGAACAUAGUUUUGAAAAAGUGCCUGCUCAACAAAUAAAACGUAGUGUAAUUUUCGCUGAUGAAAAUGACAGUGAAACUUUAGAAAUAACAUUUAAACAUAGUGAGAUACCACCAUCUUCGGAGCCAUAUAAUCCAGAAGACGGUAUACAAAAGCCCAGUGAUGUUUAUGUUGCAUUUAAAAGUCUGCUCAGUGAAGAAAAACCCUCUAUAUUAAAAAAAAGCAAGAAAUAUCAUGAUUUAAAACAACCCAUUAUACUGGAUACACAAGAAAAAGAGAGUAAUAAUGAUGUAGAUGAUAAUGGUAAUGUAAUAGUUAUCAAAGAUGUUAUUGAGAGAGUAGACGCAAAUGUCAAAAGGGAAAGCUGUUUAGGCGCCAAACCUACAAGUUUAUUCAAGAAAAAAAGAAUGCAAAAUAAAUCUUAAGCAUAAAAUUGCAAUUUUUUUUUUCUUAUCGUUACUUAUUGUCAUUUAAACCUGGUGUUAAUGGUAUAAGGUCGAUCGAAUCAAAAUUGUAAUAAUAAAUAUUGUCAAUAAAAAUAUAGUUACUUAAUCAAGUAACAUAACAGGUAUCAACAAUAAAUUUUGAUAUAAUAGUAAAUAUCUGUAAUUAGAAAUAUUGUCAAUUUUUGCUCAAGCUGUUAUUUUCAUGUAUCACAAAUCAGUAAAGAAAAUUGUAACUUUUUUACUCAAGAACUUACUAUAAUUUUAGAAAUCCAUACGGACUGUUAUUUUAUAUUCUUUUCGUUUGUUUUUAGUUUUUUAUUUACACUAGUUAUAAAAUAAAUCACAUUAACACCCUUAGUCAGCCUUUCAUUUGCUUAAGCAUCGAACUCGUUAUACUAGGUUACAGUCGAUAUCAAUAUAUUUUUCGAUCUUAAAUUA